CUCUUGUUUAGCCGGGAGAGGGGGGAACUUUCAGGUACCGGGUUCACCUGGUGACCUACCGGGCAGCCACUGGGAAGUCAGCUUACAUUACCCCGUCUGUGAAAAGAGGAAGGAAGAAGGGCUUGCUUUUUCCAUAUAGAAAAAAAUACAAUGCUCCUAGAAGCACGAGUGUUUCGAGGACUUGCUUCCACGGUUUCUCUUUCUGCAGAAUCAGGGAAGAGUGAAAAGGGACUGCCACCGAAUUCCAAGAGGCAAAGUCCACCAAAAAAUGUAGUGGAACCAAAGGAGAGGGGCAAGCUACUAGCCACCCCAACAGCAGCUGAAUUGUCCAAAAACUUGUCUUCACCCAGUUCUUACCCAUCAGUUGUGAAUCAGGGCGGGAUGGUAGCUAGCCCUCGCCCCAGUCCCGAUGAUAGCAUGCUAUUCACAGAUGAAGGGGUUCCAGAGUUUUUGUCAAGAAAGACUUUGGUAGAGUUUCCUCAGAAAGUUCUGCCUCCAUUCAGAAAACAGGGUUCGGAUUCAGAAGCUCUUCAGGAGAACAGGGGAGGGACAGACGAUUCAUCAUCCUGUUCAUCUAGCUCCUCCGACUCAGAGUCUGAUGAGGAGGGUGGCGCCUCCAAGGUUGAUCCUCAGAUGACGAGCAAGGGCAAAGGAGGGCUUCCCAAACCGCAGGCCUCCCGUUCCCUUGAAAACAGAGCCUCCAAAAUUGCAACCUCAGCCAAAGAGAAGACCCAGGCACAGCAGGGACAGCCAGACCUCAGCCCUCCAGAGAGACCCCGCCAGGCAAAGAAGAAAGGGCCCACUGUGAAGCCAUUAGAGGACAGAAAAGACACUAAACCAAAAACCACAACACCCAAGUUACAAGCAGAUAAAGAGUUUAUGAAGCAAAAUGUCAAGGAAAAACAAAUGGAGAAAAUAUUUAGAUCAAGUGAAAAAGAUAAAGGAAGUCAAAUGCCACUUAAAGUUAAACAAGUCUUACCUGACCAUACAAAAUCCGUAUCGUCUACACAGCUGGCUGGCAGCCCGGCGCCCGUGCAGCUGUCUGAAGGAACCAAAGAAAUUAGAGCGGCAGGACAGCUGCACUCACCUCCUGCGACCAGAGAAAGGCAUUUGGAAAAACAGGUAUUGGAACAUGGUGGAGAGGUGGCAUUUCCCCCCGUUGACAAGGAAAGUUCCGGAAAGCUGGUAACAGGAGGAAUCCUGAAGGCUAAAGAGAUUUUGGAAGACCAGGUACCAGGACGACCUCUGAAGCCAGGUCCUGUUCCAAAGGAAGGCGUUUUCGAGGAAAAGACCACAGGGCUGGAGCUUGAGGGAAAAGACGAGAUGGCUGUAGAGUCGGUGCCUCGCCUGGAAGAGCCGGAUGACACACAGGAGCCUGCUCAAGCCGCUGGCCUUGCCGAGCCAUUCGAUAACACCACGUACAGGAACCUCCAGCACCAUGACUACACCCCGUACACCUUCUUAGACCUCAACCUGGACCUGUCCAAGUUCAGGAUGCCUCAGCCCUCUUCAGGACGGGAGUCACCUCGCCACUGAGCGCUCCCUUGAGAGAGUAAACCUUCCGGUGUCUGGGCAGCAGAAAUAAAAUCCGCUCCAGUCA